GAGAAACGAAGAGAAGGAGGAAGAAAGGCGAGAGGGGAAGACGAGGCUUUCACCGUGCUCAGCUGUCUCGAUACCCCGAGGGGGGGGGGUCACUUCAUGCUCUCUCUGGAUUUGACUUUUUUCUGGAUGAAUCGACGUCUCUCCGUCCUCGACGCGGCCGGAAAAAGAGUUUUUUUUCUAAAAACCUGUUUCGACUCCCCUUGUCUUCUUCUUCUCCAACUCUUCUCCUCCUGGAACAUUUCAGUUUUUCCGAUUUUUCCGCGAAAACGUCGUCUCUCUGUCGUGGAGUCCAUCCUCGCAGAGUCGCGCCUUCUGUGCAGAAGGAGACUCACCCGCGAUUGCACAGGCUAUAAACGUAACACAACUUCAUCUUCUUGGAGGAACGUCUCAGGAAAACCUUUCAGAAAAACGCGACGGAAACGACAUUCCCCCGAAAAAAAAACUGGAGAAGGACUCUCCACGGCCCUCGCUCGCUGCAGCUCCCGCGGCACUUGAGAGUCGCUGCAGGCGCGGUUCGCGAAAACGGAACAAAAGACGCUCGGAGAAAGUUUCUGAAGCCGACUGUGGCGCGCAUCUCUCCAUGCUUGUAUACAUGCGUCGUCUCGACUUGUUCAUGCAUUUUGCAUGUGUAAGUACGUACGUUUAUGCAUCUUCAUACGUCGAAAGUCCACAAAUACAUGUACGUUUGCUUGUUUCUCUACAUAGCGAUGUAUAUUUUUAUUUGUACGGAUGUCGAUCUGUAGAGAUCGGCACGCGUAUGCGUGGAGGGAGGAUUUCCUCGGACUGAGGAGGCGUUGCUCUCCGUUCUGCAUCCUUUUCCUUCCUUUUUCGCGUCUCCUCCUUUCUCCCUGAACCGUUCACCAUGACCGCCGAAGGCGCCGGAAGUGGACGGCGAGGCCUUCCCCGACAGUUCCUCCAGGACGACAGGCUCUCGGAUGUAUCAGGCUUUCCUUCCUCUUCGACCUCUUCCUUGUCUCCCUCUUCCGCUGGUUCGUCCUCGGUUCCUUCUUCGUCUGCGUCUUCUCGUCCUUCGUCUUCCUCGUCUCCGUCGACGUCUGCCCGUCCUGCUCGUUCUCUCUCUUCUUUGCUUCCACCAUCGUCACCGUCACCGUCUUCGCCUUCUUGUUCGCUUGCUGGCGAUGCCGAUUUCUUCGUUACGCAGCGCGUGGAAGAAGUUUCUCCUCAGUUUGCCGUUCUCGGCGACGCCCCGGUCUCCCUGACAGGCAGUACGAGGUCCGUGGAAGGCGAAGAAGAGGUGCCAGCAGGGAGGCAGAAGGAAGAAGGCAGGCGAAGCUGUCGCGCUUGUCGAGAGAGAGAAGAAGGUUCGAGUCGGAGAGAAGAACCAGAAGAACCGACUCCAGCGUCUCCCUUUAGACAAGAAACAAAUGGUCAAGAAACGUCCGUGAGAGAAAAGAAAGAACAAGCCAGAGUUCUCAACAGAGCCGCCCUCUACGAAGUCUUUCAGGAUGGACGCUCUUUCGCGCAGAUGCCCUGGCGGGUCCUAGACGCCUCGCAGCCGUGGUUGCUCAAGGCGCGCCUGAGCGCUGCAGGUGAGAAGGCCGCGAGCAUGGACCGAGUAGAAAAGGCUGUCGACGAAACGCGGUUCGCUUCAUCUCAGCCGUCAGCCGAACCUUCUGUGACACCUGGAUCUCUGAGUUUCGCUUCUGAGACAAGCACACCAAAAGGCGAGAGAGAAGGCGAGAGAAAAGGCGAGAGAGAAGGCGAGAGAGAAGGCGAGAGGGGAGAAGAUGGAGCAAGAAAGGACGGGGAUUCAUGGGCGUUGGUUCUUCUCCUCACGGACUGCCGAUUCUGCUGGGGUGCAGGCUUUACGGCAGAGGAUCUUGCGCGUCUCCACCAGACCAGCAGUCCUGCCACAGCUGCGUAUUUAGCCAUCUCGACGGAAGUCCUUCCUCGGACGCUCUACAACCUGCUGAUCUCGCGUUCGUCCACCAAAUCGGUCUCGAUUCAAGUUGUCUCGUCUCCCUGUCCUUCUCUGUCUUCUUCUUCUCCUCUUCCCUCAUCUGCUGCUGCUUGUUCGUUGCCCACUGCGUCUCUGGAGCCUGAAUGCGGGAGACAGUUGGUUCUCUCUGCACUCCUUGACGGCAUUCUUCCUCUUCGCUUUGUGUUCCCUCUUCCUUGUUUGCCGGCCGCGUCUUCCCUUCUCCGGCAGCAGCUGUUUCUCCCAUUUUUCUCUCUUCUUCGGGUGUACGAGUCUCUGCUUUUUCGUCUGCAAACGCAAGUUCUCUCCCUCGCAAACGCCGACUGCCAGCCAGCUGCGGCGACUGACACGCAUGCAGAGGCGAAGUUGAUCCAGCAGGUCCUUCGAGAGAUCGCCUCGCAGGUCUCCGCUUCUUUCCUUGUCCCUCGAGAAAACCCGCAAGAGACGCUCGCAGGCAACCUCCACACCGUGAGCGAAGUCGCGCGCGUUCCUCAGAUCGACCUCACACAGCCUCUGCGGUCUCCACCGCCUCGCGCCGCGUCCGAGCCGCGCGUCUGCGAAGCGUCUCCGGAGCCGGAAGCCGCGGGAAACGCGCGCUUUGCCGCUUUUCCAGAGUGCUCUCGGCUAACGGCUGCCGCCUACUUUGCGACAACGCGCGAGUUCCUCCCGCCGCGCUGCCGGACGAGUUUCAGAGACUUUCGAGCAGCCAGUCGCACCGCGCCGUCCACGGAAAGAGCGCCGAAGAUCGACAGCGAGAGCAGUGCAUGCACUGAGGGGAACAAGAAUGGGGAGAAGGACGCUGCGUUUCCAUCGACUUCGAGCGAGGCCGCAGCCAGCCUGGACAUUCAGAAGAACCUUCUCAUUUCUGCAAAGAAAAUAGUCCGAAGACGCAAGCCAGAAGGCGACGGACCAGACAGAAGAAGACUCCGAUUUGCUACAAAGAAGCUCACUCAGAAGGACGGGGGGCGACACCGCCACUGUGACGAAAAGGGGGAGUACUGACUUGCAUCCUCAAAUGCUAUUGAGGUGGACGAAAUAAAUGAAUGUAUAAAGAUUACUCCUCAAUAUGCAGAUAUCGCGAC